AUGGACCGCGGCCAGCCCAGCCUGGAGCCCGCGGCCCCAGCCCUCGGCCCCUCGGGCCCCGGCGUGAUUGCGCCCGUGCGCGCCGUGCUCCGCCUGCGCCGCCGCGUGUGCGUCCUGCGCAAGCGGCGUCUGCUGCCGCCCGGCGCGGGGUCGGAGCCCGGGAGCGGGGCGGCCGGGCCGGCCCAGGGCUCCGCGGCGCCGCGCGUGGGCCUGGGCCGGCCGCAGGUUUUCACCUUCGACGGCCCGGCGGAGCUGCCCGCGCGGACGCCGCGCAGGAGGCGCCGGCGCAGCCGCGUGGUGCUUUACCCCGAGACUUCGCGCAAGUACCAGCCGCGCGCCGAGCGGCAGAGCCGCGCGCAGCGCUUCCUGCUGCUGCUCGUGGCCAUCGUGGCCUUCCAGGUGCUCAACGCCAUCGAGAACCUGGACGACAACGCGCUGCGCUACGACCUCGACGGGCUGGAGAAGGCGCUGCAGCGCUCCGUGUUCGGCCAGCCGGCCGCCGUGCGGCGCAUCGUGGCGCUGCUGCGGGACUACCUGGCCACGCACGUGCACAGUCGCCCGCUCCUCCUGGCGCUGCACGGGCCCAGUGGCGUGGGCAAGAGCCACGUGGGCCGCCUGCUGGCGCGCCACUUCCGGGCGGUGCUCGAGGACGGCGCGCUCGUGCUGCAGUACGACGCGCGCCACCACUGCCCCGACCCGCGCGCCGCGCAGGACUGCCGCGAGGAGCUGGCGCGGCGCGUGGCCGACGUGGUGGCGCGGGCCGAGGCGGAGGAGAAGACCCCGCUCUUGGUGCUGGACGAGGUGGAGCUCCUGCCGCCGACGCUGCUGGACGAGCUGCUCGGCUUCCUGCAGCCGCAGCGCUCCCGCCACUUCCACAACGCCAUCUACGUGCUGCUCAGUGGCGCCGGCGGCGCCGAGGUCACGCGCUUCGUGCUGCAGAACGCGUCCCGCGCGCUGCCCCUGCGCCCCGACGGCGCCCGCGGCGCCCGGGCCACUGCGGCGCAGGCCGAGGAGGAGCUGCGCGCCAGCCUGCGGGCGCUCCUGAGUCGCGAGCACCCGCUGUGGCAGGCCGCGGCCAUCGUGCCCCUCUUGCUGCUGGACAGGCGGGACGUGGUUAGCUGCUUCCGGGACGAGAUGGCCGGGGAGGGCUUCUUUCCUGAGCAGGCCCGCGCCGAGCGCCUGGCGGCGCGGCUCAGCUACUACCGGGUCGCUGGCCGCGAGUUCGCCGUCACGGGGUGCAAGCAGGUGGUGGCCCAGGUGAACCUCUUGUAG